AUGAGAACCCAUACAGGAGAAAAACCCUACAAGUGUAACCAGUGUGACUAUUCUGCAGCACGGAAAUAUGAUUUGGACCAACAUCUAGCAAAGCACACAGGUGAGAAACCCUACAUAUGUGGGGAGUGUGGGUACAGGACAGCUUGCAAGUCUCACUUAUCUAAACAUAUGAGAACCCAUACAGGAGAAACACCCUACAAGUGUGACCAGUGUGACUAUUCUGCUGCACAGAAAGCUAAUUUGGACAGACAUCUAGAAAUACAUGCUGGUGAGAAACCCUACAUGUGUGGGGAGUGUGGGUACAGGGCAACUCAAAAGUCAAACUUAUCCCAACAUAUGAGAAGACACACCGGUGAGAAACCCUACAAAUGUGACCAGUGUGACUAUUCUGCAGCACGGAAAUCUCACUUAAAUGAACAUUUAGCAAAACACACCGGUGAGAAACCCUACAUGUGUGGGGAGUGUGGGUACAGGGCAACAAAGAAGUCUCACUUAUCCCGACAUAUGAGGACCCAUACGGGAGAAAAACCCUACAAGUGUGAUCAGUGUGACUAUUCUGCUGCACAGAAAUCCAGUUUGGACAAUCAUCUAGCAAAACACACUGGUGAGAAACCCUACAUGUGUGGGGAGUGUGGGUACAGGACAGCUCACAAGUCCACCUUAAGCCGGCACAUGAGAACUCAUACAGGAGAAAAACCCUACAAGUGUGACCAGUGUGACUAUUCUGCAGCACGGAAAGCUCAUUUGGACAGACAUGUACUAAAACACACCGGUGAAAAACCCUACAUGUGUGGGGAGUGUGGAUACAGGACAGCUUUAAAGUCUACCUUAUCCCAACAUAUGAGAACCCACACGGGUGAGAAACCCUACAUGUGUGGGGAGUGUGGGUACAGGGCAACUCAAAAGUCUGACUUAUCCGUACACAUGAGAACCCAUACAGGAGGAAAACCCUACAAGUGUGACCAGUGUGACUAUUCUGCAGCACGGAAGUCUCAUUUAGACGAUCAUCUCACAAAACACACCGGUGAGAAACCCUACAUGUGUGGGGAGUGUGGGUACAGGACAGCUAAAAAGUUUCACCUAUCCCAACAUAUGAGAACCCAUACAGGAGAAAAACCCUACAAGUGUGACCAGUGUGACUAUUCUGCAGCACAGAAAGCUCAUUUGGACUCACAUCUAGAAAUGCAUGCUGGUGAGAAACCCUACAUGUGUGGGGAGUGUGGGUACAGGACGGCUUACAAGUCUGCCUUAUCCCGACAUAUGAGAACCCAUACAGGAGAAAAACCCUACAAAGAAAAACCCUACAAAUGUGACCAGUGUGACUAUUCUGCUGCACAGAAAUCUAAGUUAGAGGAACAUGUAGCAAAGCACACCGGUGAGAAACCCUACAUGUGUGGGGAGUGUGGGUACAGGACAGCUGACAGGUCUCACUUAUCCCGACAUAUGAGAACCCAUACAGGAAAAAAACCCUACAAGUGUGACCAGUGUGACUAUUCUGCAGCACAGAAAUCCAGUUUGGACAGACAUCUAGUAAAACACACCGGUGAGAAACCCUACAUGUGUGGGGAGUGUGGGUACAGGACAGGUGACAGGUCCAUCUUAUCCCGACAUAUGAGAACCCAUACAGGAGAAAAACCCUACAUGUGUAACCGGUGCGGCUAUUCUGCAGCACGGAAAUAUGAUUUGGACCAACAUCUUGCAAAACACGCUGGUGAGAAACCCUACAUGUGUGGGGAGUGUGGAUACAGGGCAACUCAAAAGUCUCACUUAUCCCAACACAUGAGAACCCAUACAGGAGAAAAACCCUACAAAUGUGACCAGUGCGACUUUUCUGCAGUACGGAAGUCUCAUUUAGACGAUCAUCUCACAAAACACACCGGCUGAACAUGGCAACGGCA